AUGGAACCGAUGACUGAUGAAGCUAUCAUUAGUAACUUUAUAGAAACAAUAGUUGGAGGUCUUGAUACGAUUUCAGGGUCACUCUGUUAUAUCAAUUAUUGUAUGGCUCUUUACCCCGAAGCAAAGAAACGUCUUUUGAAAGAAGUUGAUUUAGAAUUUCCACACGAUCAAAAAUUAACUUAUAAAGAUCUCAAUAAACUUCCUUAUUGUGAUGCAAUUUUAAUUUCUGUAUGGAUACCAGAAAAAAAUUUAAAUUGUUUCAUCAUUCCUGCCGAAACUAAACUUUUUAUACAUCAAUAUGGUACAAACAAGCAUAAAGCUCAUUGGAGUAACCCUGAAGAAUUUGAUCACGAUCGUUUAUUGAUAGCAAAUCAAAAUUUUAGUACACCAAUUCAGAGGUGGUGCAAGAAUGUCUCCAGGAUUAAAUUUAGCUGUCAUGGAAUUGAUAGCACUUAUGGUAUUAAUUUAUCGAAUAUCCCUUAA